UUGCAGGAAUAACCCCGUCUAAUAAUACCUCCUCCCCCAUCCGAUAACUUUUAUCCUGCAGAUGUAGAUUAAUUUUUUUCUACCCUUCUCGCGAAUUUCGAUGAAAAAUAUGCCCUAGCUUCUCACCGCCUCCAUCGUUUCGUUCUCCAUUUUUUACUUGCGACUGCUGAAGAAGAACGGGGGCGAAAAAAUUCGAGUGUUGACGGGGGUGACAAGUUGACGGAAUCCCAUCGGAAAUCUGGAUACAGCGGGACAACAACAUCGGGGAAUCAACGUUAUCUUCCGGAUCAGGGAAACAUAAAGAGGAACAUCUUCACAAACUUGAUAAUCCCAAAGGCUCUUUACAUACCUGCUAUUUCUGCCCGUAAAUUCACAAUAUGGCUGGAAAGGAAGACAUUCGUAUGCGUGAUAUGCAAUUUGUUUUGCUGCAAGAAAUACUACGAGUUCAUGUGAUCAAAGUGGCGUUGUUAUUUGUCUAUUAUCACAAGACUAGGCUAGGCAAGAGAAGACGUGAGUCUGGAGUCCUAAAAUAUGAGAUAAUUCGUAAAUUGCCUGACCAAGAAAAACACUUGAGCCGCUUAUUUGUUCUUAGUGAUGUUGACUGCAUAUCCAACCUUCGAAUGGACCGUAGAACGUUUGCUAGGCUUUGUGUUAUUUUGCGCGAACGGGGGGGGUUGAUUAACGGGCGAUUCGUUACUGUUGAGGAACAAGUAGCAAUGUUUCUUUCAGUUUUAGCCCACCAUAAAAAAAAUAGAGUUGUUCGGUUCGACUUUUGGAGAUCCGGUCAAACAAUAUCACACUAUAUACAUGCCGUUUUAGGGGCUAUUAUACGGCUACAUGAAAUGUUCUUAUCCAAGCCUGAGGCUGUUCCCGCGGAUUGCAAUGAUCCACGAUGGCAGUGGUUUAAGGGCUGUUUAGGGGCAUUAGACGGCACGUAUGUCAGUGUCAUGGUUGGUAACGAGGACAAACCUCGCUAUAGAACAAGGAAAGGGCAGAUAUCAACGAAUGUGUUAGGUGUAUGCGAUCGGAAGUUGAAUUUCAGUUAUGUUUUAGCCGGUUGGGAAGGUUCGGCUGCGGACUCUAGAAUCUUACGAGAUGCAAUUAGUAGACCUCAUGGCCUUAAGGUCCCAAAGGGGAAGUACUACUUGUGUGACAAUGGUUACGCGAAUAGUGAUGGUUUCCUAACGCCGUUCAAGGGCGUUAGGUACCAUUUAAAGGAGUGGGGACCAAACAAUGCACGCCCACAAAAUAAAGAGGAGCUUUUUAACUUGAGACAUAGUAAAGCAAGGAAUGCCAUAGAGAGAGCCUUUGGGAUCUUGAAGAUGAGAUGGGGUAUACUAAGAUCGCCAUCUUUUUAUCCAAUUCGAGUGCAAAAUCGACUUAUAAUGGCAGCAUUUUUACUUAACAAUUUCAUUCGGAUGGAAAUGCCAGUAGAUCCUAUUGAACAACAACUAGAUGCCAUGCCCCAAGACAAUGAUGCAACAUUAAAUGGGACAUCCGAUGAAUUUGUAGACGAAGUUGAUAGUUCCCCCCAAUGGAACGCGGCGAGGAAUGCCUUAGCCGAGGCAAUGUGGUUACAAUAUGUGAAUAACAAUUAGGUUUCAUACCUCUUUUCUAUCUAUAAUUACUAUAUGAACCAUGUUUAGUUCUUUAUAUUAGUUGAGUCUAUGUUG